CCAUAAAACUGGGUUUGGUUGAGAUUGGGUGAUUGAGAGUCACAAAGUUAUCAGAAGUAACACUAGUAUAUCAAAGCUCAACCUUUUGUUCUCUUUCUUCCUGUUGCUGUUCCAAAGACCUGGAGAGAAGAGAGAGAGCAACCACUUGGUCCAAUUGGAAGUAAGGAAGAGAGGAUUGAGAAAACAAAGUGUGUGAAAGGGAAAUCCAAAGAAAUAAGAUUUACUUGUGGAGUUAGGAUUGUACAAGUAGUGUACGUGAAAGGAAUUUACAAACAAAUACAUAUCAUUCUUUCUUCAAUCUUCGGGAAGGGAUAGAACUUAUUUAGAAAUACAUUAGAUGAAGUAGGUCUCGGUAGAAAUUCAUUUUCAGGGCAUAUUGUGUGGCAGGGAGUGAAGAGAGAAAGUUGGCCGUUUCGUUAUAGGCAUAAACAGAGAAAAAGAUUGAAGUAGAAACAGAGCCUAGUUUUUUUUUGUCUUCUUCUUCUUGUGGCUGUAGGAUUUCCCAAACUCCCAAAGAUUUGGAUACAAAGACAGAGAACCCAAAAAGGAAAGGUCCAAAUCCCACAAGCCUAUAUAGGGAUUGGGUUUUGAUCAGUAGGGAAGAAGUCGUGAAACUUGAGUUGUUUGGUGAGGUUUGAGUUGCUAGUUUGAAAGGGAAGAUGGAAGAGUUUGUCGCUAGCAGUUGGGGAAGAGAAUUUGUGGCUGGAGGUUUUGGAGGCAUUGCUGGUAUAAUUUCAGGGCACCCACUUGACACUCUUAGAAUCAUGCAACAGAGUUCAAAAACUGGUACUGCUUUCAGCAUUCUUCGCAAUGUUGUCACCACGGAAGGCCCGACUGCCCUUUACAGAGGCAUAGCUGCUCCCUUGGCCUCCAUCACAUUUCAGAGUGCCAUGGUUUUCCAAACAUAUGCCACUCUCUCUCGAGCUCUGGAUCCAUCGGUUUCUCCUAAAGACCCUCCUUCUUACAAAGGUGUUGCUCUAGGAGGAUUUGGGGCUGGUGCUGUGCAGAGUUUGAUGAUCACCCCAGUAGAACUCGUAAAAAUCCGUCUUCAGCUGCAAACCGAGAGCCAUAAAGGCCCCAUAGAUGUUGCCAAAAGCAUAAUCAAAGCAGAAGGGGUAAAAGGAAUGUAUAGAGGCUUAACCAUCACCAUGCUAAGGGAUGCACCAGCUCAUGCUUUCUACUUUUGUACUUAUGAGUACAUGAAGGAGCAGCUUCACCCGGGAUGUAGAAAAACGGGCAAAGAAAGCUUGCGAGCUACGUUAGUGGCUGGAGGACUAGCAGGAGUAGCUAGCUGGAUUAUUUGUUAUCCCUUGGAUGUUGUAAAAACAAGAUUGCAAGCUCAAUCGAUGUACCCUGUACCAAAAUACACUGGAAUUGUUGAUUGCUUCAGGAAGAGUGUGAGGGAGGACGGGCAUGGCGUGCUGUGGCGAGGACUAGGAACUGCGGUUUCCAGAGCGUUUCUUGUGAAUGGGGCUAUCUUUGCGGCUUAUGAGGUUGCUAUGAAGGGCCUAGGCAGCAGGGGAAGCGUGGUUCUAGCAGAUAAUGCAAUCUUGUAGGAAAGAUGGGUGUGCAAAGUGAAGGGUUCGACUGAAACCAAACAAAAGAGGUGAAGAUUCAAUUGCAGCCAUUGUCUUAUAAAUAAUUUAUUUGCAGGAGCACUGCAUACAGCCAAGAAAAAUGUAUGAUAGGAAAUAAAAUGUAUGAUGAUUAAUUACACAGCUCUGUUUAUUUUGCCCAGAAUGUACAUUUUCAACAUGAAAUGGAUGAUUCAGUUGUAUAGUGAAAGUGGAAAACAGUAAUUUCAUAAGAUGACUCUAUUUUGGUAUUA